AUGUCCGCUGCUGCUCCGUCAACAGAAACCUUAAACCCUCCAAUGACGGAGCAACCCGAAUCGGCGGAAGCCCGAAUGAACGGUCCAGAUUCAUCCGACCAAUCCGAAUUCACGGAAGCCCCGUCCGAGCGAACUCCCGACGCCGCACCAGUCACCGAAAAGCGGAAGCGCGAGGAUGACCCGGAACCGACUCCAAACCCGAGUGGAGACCUCAAAGAAGGACAGCAGCAUCCAUUAUUGUGGAAAACGAGCCUCUGCUCUUUCUUCCGUCGUUCCGGUGGGACUUGCCGUCACGGAGACUCGUGCAGGUACGCCCAUGGAGAGGCGGAGCUCCGUAUUAGACCCGAUAACACUUGGGACCCGACAUCCGAGCGGGUUUCGAAGAUGGCCAGAGUAGAGGAGGGCAGCAAUGACGGAGCUGAGAAGAAGGAAGAGAAGACAGUGAAUGACGUCAUGAUGACCGAGACAUUCUCCGAUGAAGAGAACGGCGGUGGCCCCUCCGCGGCGGAAGGUGGCGGCGGUCUUGCCAAGUGUUUGGUGCAUCUCCCAAUGAAGUGGACUUCUGAUCAGUUGAAAAGUUUUCUCAAUGAUAAUGGAGUUUCUUUUAAAUCAGCCAAAAAGAAGAAAGGCAUGGUUGUAGGAUUUGUGAGUUUUGAGAGUGCAGAACAAGUACAAAUUGCAUUGAAGGAGUUGGACGGGAAGUCUCUCGGCAAUAAAAAUUUAAAGGUUGCAGAUGUAAUCCCUCGAUCAUUUGAUAAGAAUAAUAAACUGCCUACGCCCAAGGGUGAAGGUCUUUCACAAGAUGAGGACGGUGAACCAGUUGGGGAUGAUUUAACAUCCAGCAAUUCAGAUAUAAAGAGUAGAAGUGUCCGUGAAGCAGUCACUCCACUUGCGCAUAUGCCUUAUGUUGAUCAGUUAGAGCACAAGAAAGCAGCUCUAACACAGACCCUUAAAAGACUAACUCGAAAUGCUCGCAAAGCUUGUCCAGUUGGCAUUCAACUUCCUGACUGGGUUCUGAAAUCUCGAGAAAUAGGUGGUCUCCCCUGCAGCUUAGAGGGCAUAAUUGAGUCUCCACUGGUCAAUGGGUAUCGCAACAAGUGUGAAUUCUCUGUUGGAUAUUCUCUAGAAGGCAAACCAACUGUGGGGUUUCUGCUUGGAAAUUUCAGGGAAGGUGUGACUGCUGUCCAGGAACCUGUCGACUGCCCAAACAUUUCUAGAAUCGCGUGCCAAUAUGCUGCAGUAUUCCAAGAAUUUCUCAGUCACUCCAACUUUCAAAUAUGGAACAGAAUAAAUAACACUGGAUUUUGGCGUCAACUAACAGUUCGAGAGGGGAGGAAGCCUAGCAAUGGUGCUGAGUCUGAAAGUUCUGAGGCAGCUGUUUCCGAGGUUAUGCUGAUUGUUCAGAUUUGCAGUAAGGGCUUCGAUGAUGAAAAAGUAAAUGAUGAACUUGAGAGAUUGGUUCGAGAAUUUCAUUCAGGAGCUGCUGCUGCGUCUCCAUGUUUGCCUUUAACAGCUGUAGUUGUCCAGGAUCACACAGGAAUUUCAAACGCGGCACCUCCUGAUGCUCCUCUGCGCUCCCUUACCAUAACAAAGGACCAGAGUGAUUCAGGACUUGAUACACCUUGUGAUGGAGUGGAAGCUAGAAUCCAUGACUGCAUAAGUAAUCUUCGGUUUUCUAUAUCACCAACAGCAUUCUUUCAGGUUAAUACCCUUGCAGCUGAGAAGCUGUAUGCACUUGCUGGGGAGUGGGCUGGCUUGGGUCCAGACACUUUGCUCUUUGAUAUAUGCUGUGGAACAGGAACUAUAGGCCUCACCUUAGCUCAUCGUGUUGGUAUGGUUGUCGGUAUCGAAAUGAAUGCUUCUGCAGUGUCGGAUGCUCAAAGGAAUGCUGAAAUCAAUGGAAUUCAAAACUGCAGAUUUGUCUGUUCAAAGGCAGAGGAUGUAAUGGGGUCCCUGUUGAAGGAGUACCUGGGUUCCACUGAGACAAAUGAUGAAACUGAAGAACUGACCAAGGGUGAUAAUGAAAUUGAAAGUUCCGAAAAUGUAGUAUCUAUCGAUGCCCUAGAACCUGAGAAGAGCUCAGGUCUUCAGCAAUCUUUGGAAAAUGAUAAAGCAGAAACUGAAGUUCAGAGCAAAAGUAUUCCAAAGGAAGAUGGUACCACUUCAUUAAAGAAGUUCAAAAAUAUUGUUGCUAUCGUAGAUCCUCCACGUGUUGGUCUUCAUCCUACUGUAACCAAAGUUUUGAGGACUCAUUCAAUUUUGAGGAGGCUUGUUUAUAUUUCCUGCAAUCCCGAGAGCCUGGUGGCAAAUGCUAUUGAACUCUGCACUCCGUCUGCUGAUAAAGCCGAGAAGGUUGGUCAAAAGAAUAACAGGGGUUGGAGAAACAUGAGCAGUGCUGGUCUAGCUCGCCAUCGGGCCAAGUCAAUGCCGUCUUCUGAGCCUUUUAAACCAGUCAAAGCUAUGGCAGUGGAUCUUUUUCCGCACACUCCGCAUUGUGAACUGGUGAUGCUUCUAGAAAGGUGA